AUGAUUCAUUUUCUAUUCCUCUUAGUGUCCAUCGCCACCGUUUGUGUGAAAGCUGAUGACGCACAACAUACUGGUUGUUACGGCUACUUCCUUAACAAGGACGGCUGCGUACAUGGCUCCUCAGGAGCUCCUUGUUCAGCAAAUUCUGCAAAGACAAGUACUUCGUGUAAUGCAUUUAAAAUAGAUCCUACUUGUGAAGCUGCUCAACAACAGGCUGCCUUACAGUCUUCCCAACAAACCCAUAGCAGCAGACUUGCCCGUCGAUAUGAUACGACUAUUCCAACACUCGCUGUGGCAGGUGGAAAUGGGAUUUGCGGAUUCUAUGAUUCUAAUACCACCUUGGGGGUCUGCUUAUGGUCGGGUGAAGGUUGGGUAGAUUCACGUAACGAACCUCAUUCUGGAUGGUUAAAUGGAACUCGAACUGAAAAUUGUCAGAAGCAAGUGUAUAUCCAACGACAAGGAAAACCAGAGACAGUGCAGUAUGCACGGGUACUCGAUGGUUGUGGCUUCAAUGCAGUAACUCCUGAUGUUGGUUGCUUCCAAGUUUGGAUGACUAUAGACUUAUUUGAUAAGUUUGGCCCAACACCCGAAGAACGUACUAGUUUUCAAAUCGAUGGCACUUUUACCUGGGACUUUGUGGAUGGUUCAAAUCCUGUUUAA